UGUCUUUUGGCACGACUCACUCCCAUUGGCCAUUGGCCUCCCGCAGUUUGCCUUGUAUUUAAGGUAGCAUAUGCCUCCCAAAAGUUGUCAAAGGCAGUCGGAAUUUCCUCCUCUAUUUUUCUGCUUCAACUGUACUAAUGGCCUCCCGUCUUCUCAUCGCCUCUCUUCUUGCCUUUGCCUUCUGCUUAUUAGCGGAGUCGUGUUAUGGAACCGUUCUCUUCUCCUCUCUUCAACGAACUCUUGUUGUCACUGCUUCACCUAAAGACGGACAAGUGCUGAGAGCUGGAGAGGACAAAAUAACAGUAACGUGGGGAAUGAAUCAGAGCUUCCCUGUCGGGACCGAUGAGGCAUACAAGAAGGUAAAGGUUCAGCUAUGCUACGCACCCAUCAGCCAAAAAGACCGUGGGUGGAGGAAGACCAAAGACGACCUGAGCAAAGACAAGACCUGUCAAUUCGAUAUCGUUGCCAGAGCUUACGACUCCAACCAGCCGAGCUUCGAUUGGACGAUCGAGAGAGAUGUUCCCACGGCGACUUACUUCGUGAGGGCCUAUGCUUACAACUCGGACGGCCAGCAGGUGGCUUUUGGACAAUCUACGGACGGUCAAAAGAAGACCAACCUAUUUGACAUCCAAGGGAUCAGCGGGCGCCACGCUUCCCUCGAUAUCGCCGCGGGUUGUUUCUCUGCUUUCUCGGUGCUCUCCCUGUUUGGGUUCUUCUUGGUUGAGAAGAGGAAGGCCAAGGUGUCUCAAAAGAGCUGAACCAGAGACAGACAUAUUCCAAGUGAUAAAUGAUAGGAAUUUAGUUCUAGUGUUUGUGAGGAAGUCUUCUGCUUUCUAUUAACAAACAACUUUGAUGGUUGAGUUUGAAUGGAUGACGGGGAAGCUUUAGACA